AUGGGCAACGCAUUCUCCCUCGUCCGCCUAGCGCUAACCGAAUUUCUCGAUAACCUACGCACUUUCCAAACUCUUCAAGACCGCAUACAGCGUUCUCCAGGUCUCCCCCUACCAAACCCAAGUCGUUCAUUUUGGUCCUAUCCACCUUCUCCUAUCGCUACCCACGUUUCCCAGCUCCCAGCUCAUGCAGACUUUGUCAUCAUUGGCUCGGGUAUCACUGGGACCGCGCAUGCUGACGGGCAUAAUGUCACUGUACUCGUGUUGGAAGCUAGAGAUGCGUGUUCAGGUGCGACUGGCAGAAAUGGCGGCCACAUCUCACCUCCUCUAUAUCAUGACUACCCCUCGCUCAAGCGCGAUCACGGGCAAGCCGUCGCCCAAAAGAUGAUCAAGUUCAGGCUAGCGCACCUUCAAGAACUACGCAGUGCCGCCGAGCAGGAAGGCAUUCUUGCAGAGUCUCAGUGGCGGGAGGUAGAAUCCGUAGAUGUGUUCUAUGACUCGGACUUGUUCGAGAAGGCGAAGGCAAAGGUCCAGAAAUACAAAGCCGACCUUCCCUUCGAAGCUGAGCACCAUCAAGUGCACGAAGCUCAUGAGGCUAUUGAGAAAUUCCGCCUAGCACCCGACACCCUCGGUUGCAUAUCUUCCAGCGCAGGCGCAAUCCAUCCAUAUCAAUUCGUCACCGGUAUCCUCGCAAAGCUCCUAUCACGAUACCCCGACACCUUCUCACUCUGCACCAACACACCAUGCACCUCCAUCUCACCUCCAACCUCCAACACCCCAUAUUACACCCUCUCCACCCCCCGCGGCAUCAUCACAACCCCCCACGUCAUCCACGCAACCAACGGCUGGGCAUCUACCCUCCUCGAAAAGCUCCGCGCUAAGAUCGUUCCCUUUCGGGGCAACAUGUCAGCCCAACGCCCUGGUCAAUCCCUCCCUAUCCCUCAAUCUACCACCCAUCGCUCCUUCAUCUUCUACACCAGAGCCAUAGGCUACGAUUACCUCACCCAACUUCCCACAGGCGAACAUGAACUCAUGCUAGGCGGUGGAUUCGCACAAGACGGGGACGAGGGGUACGAAGCUAUGGGGAACACGGACGACACGUCGUAUAGCAAACGUAUCGGCGCGCAUUUGUCUGGUGUCCUUCCUCAGUAUUUCGGGGAGGAUAAUUGGGGGAAGGAAAGCGUGCUUAUGGAUGAGGGCGAGGAUGCGGGGGAAUGGGCGGAGGGACGCGUUAAGGCGUUGUGGAGCGGGAUUCUGGGCAUCUCGGUCGAUCUAAUCCCCUGGGUUGGUCGUUUGCCGCGUGUAGUGUCUGGAAGGAAUGAGCCGCCGUUGAGUUCGGUUGUGAAGAGUGAGAAGGAGGAAGAGGGUGAGUCAGUGCAUGUGGGUGCCCCGCCGGGGGAGUGGAUUGCAGCGGGGUAUACGGGUGAGGGGAUGGUGCAUGCAUGGUUAAGCGGGAAGGCUCUUGCCGAGAUGGUACUGGGGCGUGAAGUGGAGGGCGGGCUUGGAGAGUGGUUCCCGGAUAUGAUGCGAGUUACUGAGAAGAGGUGGAAGAAGGCCAAGGCGGAGAAUUUACUCGAUGCAUUGAAUGAUGAUUAA